UCUAGAGGUGCCACUCAGCGCUGAGUAGACUGACCAGAAAGAAGGCGGGUAAGCCACCCAUUACAGAGCGUUCAUUGGCCAAAAAAUAUCACCAACCGACUGGGAAGAUUGCAGAACAGAUGCACAAACCGACAUGCGCGACUACACCCACGUUAAAGGUUCCGGAUUCGGAACUCCCUUCUAAUCAUCUCAUUAUCCUAUGCCGUCUGUGGACACAGGGAUUUACUACCGCUAAGAAAGAAGUUUAAAACAGUGUUCUUGUGGUAUCAGUACUCACAGUACACACACUUCAAUAUGAAAGCUAUUUUGAUUAUAUUGGAAUUAUUCAACCUUCAUAUGGCUAUCGUAUACACUGCCAAUGGUCUCACAAAAUUGACAAGAAGAGCGACAGAAGACGGCAAACUCUUUGUCCUUGCAAAGCGGAAUGGCGCCAGUUGUGUGUCCGUAGACAGCGUCGAGCCUUGUCCUUUGACUUGGAAACUCAGUUCAUACGCAUCGAAGAUGUACCGCCACCGAGCUGAAAAUGUUAACAACACGUUAUAUAUGCUGACGACGAUUCUAUCAGCUAGCGAUGAUUGUAGAGAUGCUAUGAAAAAGACAUUGUGCGCUGUAGCCACUCCCAAAUGCUUGGCAGAUGGCAGUCAGGAAUACGAAGAUACCGCCAGUGUCUGCCCGAAGAUUUACUCAACAUGUCCAGCAACCCUCGGCGAGAUCUACAAGAAACAGAAGUUCUGUGAUAAGGUACCCUCAGGACGCAUAGCAAAGCCAACGUGCGUCGCUCCUCCAGAAAUGAAAGGACACUGCCCACAACCAAAGUACAAGAUGCCAAGUGAUGCCUUAAUCGUUUACAAAAUGACAACUGCAGAUGACGGUUGGGUGGAAAGUCUUCCAAAAGACAACGUCCCUUCUGAAUGUAUAUCUCGAAUGACCAGGUUACAGUGUAUGCCAGUUUACUGCUCUGAAGAUGAAAAAUAUCUGCUUACGGAGUUCACAAAGGACGAGUGCAAUGCUCUCGUAAAUACAUGUUUUAAGCAAUCUCCCGUAGAGCUGAAAAUGAAAGCGGCAUGCAACUUUUACCCAGGUGGUCCUAAUGUAACCAAAGCAGCGGUACCACCCACAGUUAGAUCGGCAGCCAUUAAUGGCCUUCAACGACUUGAUUGUGUUGCGAUGGUAUUUACUGUUGGAUUGACCAUCGCUCUGAAAUGGUUGCAGUAAUGGCGACCACACCGAACACGAUUGUCAAGGAACUUUACUGUAACGACUUUAGUUGGACUUGUACGCGAAGCUGCCAACAAUAAGCUAAAUACUAGAUCUUAAAUCACCAGUUAUAAUGUCUUUGUUUUUAUUCGAUUUACCAUCCAAUAAAAAUAGAUUCAAAUAAAUUACACUCUAGUUCUAUUUACACACGUGUAAUUUUCCUAAGGAGUCCUGAGGCUUUACGUUUUGAAUGCUAUAAAUGAUGCAAUAAUUUUGUCGCCUAAGGGGCUGUUUACAUGAGCCCGGUUACCCGAGAUUCAACGAAGCGUGAGAGGACUUUGAGGUAUUGAAAUA